ACCCAGACAUUUCGAUCCUGUUUCAAAAAGCUGUCGAUGAAAGCGAACUAUCCAAAUAUCCGGUUUGUUAUUUCUUUCAAAAAGACAUUUUAAUGAGAAAAUGGAGACCACCGGAUGUUUCGGCAGAUGAUGAAUGGGCAGUUAAGUUUCAAAUUGUGAUUCCAAAAGCCUAUCGGUAUGAAGUUCUUAGCUUAGCACAUGAAACUCUGUUAGCCAGACAUUUAAGUACAAGGAAAACAUUGCGCAAAAUUUCCGAACAUUUUUACUGGCCGUCGUUAAGGAAAGAUGUUGCUGAAUUUUGCCAGUCAUGCCAUAUGUGUCAGAUGGUUGGGAAACCGAAUCAAACUAUUCCUAAGGCACCAUUAUGUCCAAUUCCGGCGUUUGAGGAACCAUUUACCUGA